AUGAAAAAUCAGGAGGCCAGGAACUGCGAAGAGGAGGACAGGGAGGACAGGGAGGACAGGGAGGGGGAGCUGGGCAAGCAGAAGCCUCCGGUCAACUUUGUCAAGGGCGAAGACGAAGAAAAGAAGAUUGGAGUCGUGAGAUUUCAGAAGAAGAUUGCUCCUCAGCCGGUAGUUGCAUGGGAGAGCGUGACAGGAGCCGAUGUGAAGGAGUCAGCGAGACAAGUGCAGUGGGAGAAGCAGAGGGAGAAGGAGGCGAUGGAUCGAGCGCUGGCGCUGGCAGUGAAGAUGCAGAGCAAGCAGAGUGAGAUGCGAGACCUGCGGGCGCCGAGGAGGGCACAGAAGGUUGAGUCGGUACAAGGGAGGGCAAACAUCGAGGAGAUGAAGGAUUCAGGGAAGUCUGGACUGUUCUCGUCCUUUGGCAAGAAGAAGGGCCCCAAGGAAGCGAAUGCGGCUGCGCAGGGAGAGGCACAGGCGAGCUUCGGGGUGAACGUUAACGCCGCCAUGGCGGAUUUCGAGAAGAGGAGGAAGAACACGCAAGCUCCAGCGAUCUUAGAGGGGAACAUGGUUACGAGGAUGAUGCAACAUGGCCCUCUGACCUACCAGUGA